AUGAGUUCUAACAGUAGUUUAUAUACAAGAAGAAGACAUGCUGAAGAGGAUUUGUUUGAGGAUGGAGUUCAUAAGAAGCUUCGUUUAGAAAUUCCAACAAGUGAAACAAAGUAUACAACUCUCAAUGACAGCGGUAUCGGCAACUCUCCUAGCAAUAACGAUGAUGUCGAAAUGAUGGACGAGGUCGAAGUUGCGCGUGCAGAAAAGUCUCCCGCGAGGAAAGAUAUGGUUCAAGUAUUCCCUGUAGGCGAUUUCCAAACUUUAAAUUUCUACAAUCCAAGUAUGGCUAGCUAUUACGGCUAUACUCCUCGGGAAUACAGAUUUUCUCAAUAG